GCCUGUUGCUGCAGAGACUUUCUAUUGAGCGUAAAACUAAACGAGAAAGCCUGCCGGUCAAGUAUGGAGAACUUCAGCUUGGUCAGAUGUAAUAGUCUGGAUGCAGGAUCAGGAAGUGACAAAGAGUUGAUGAGUCUUUACCCUGAAGUGGAGCCUACACCAGCAGAGUUGGCUCAGUGUGAAGCUGAAGUAGGUACGCUGCUCAGCAUCAUCGCUGAAGUGAACAAGAAGAUGGGGUCCCUGAAGGCACCAAGUGAACCAGGUAAUUUGAGACCAAGACCACCCAGUCCUCUUUUUCCAGACCUACUUUCACACAGGUUGAUGAGACACGUCCCAGAGAGGAACACGUCUGGUUAUGUCACAUCGAAUCCUCCACUUCCAAGUCGAGGGGGCAGGGGUGUCAUAUGGACAGAACUCAAGGGGGCUCUGACUGCAGUGGAGGACUCCAUCAACUAUAGAAGGUCAUGGGCAGCCCCCAUUGCAGCCUCAGAUCGAGACAGACCCAAAGAGCAUCUGAGAGCGGCUCAGGACAGCUGGGCCAAGGCUGACAAGAUUUUGGAGGAGAUGGAAAAAGAAUUUGGGAUUUCUUGUCCUUCAGCUGUGACAAAAGAAACAUUUCAGGAGGAACUGGUGGAUCAUCCGGACUCCGCUCCCCAGCAGGGAGAGUUGCAGAGAUCAUACAGCGUCAGCAACGUGGAAGAUGAGAAGAACAAGGUUGGUCACCAGACGACCUGGAGGUCGGCCAUUUGCUCCCCUUCUUACAGAUCGUCGAGCACUGCUGGGGCCUCCUCUUCCUUUCCAUGUUCUCCUUUGCUACUCAGAAGAGCAGCCAGAGCGGGAGGAGCUUUUUCUCCAGGAAGUGACGGCUCUCCACUGAGCUUAGGCAGUCCUUGUCCAAGCCCCAUCGGUCUGCCGGAGAUUGAGAUAGAACGACUGAACAGAUACAUUGAGAAGCUGAGAGCCAGGAAUGAACGUCUCACUGUUGCUUUGGAGCGAAAGAGGGCAGAGUUUGAGCAGAUCAGCGUUACAUUCAAGAGGCUCGAGGCCGACUGUUCGGCCAUGCACCUGGCUCUCAGAUACUGUGAGGAGUGUGAAGAGGCAUACGGCGAGCUGCUGGCACUUUACGAGGCUCAGAGGCAACAGAGAGUUCCUGUGCAGGCCGACGCAGCAGAGGCCGUCGAUGACACUCAGCAGCCCGGCAGCCCGUCAGCUCAACGCGGGGAAAUGGCAAGUGAGGAAUUGUCCACCUCCUUUACAACAGAGGCCACCAAGGAGAUGGAAACACAUUCAACACAAAGGACUACUGAAAUCAGUGAACGAAAGGUUGCGCUCCAUGAGCUAAUCGAGCGCCUGAAAAGGGACCGGGCGGCCAUUUGCCUCUCAAAGCCGCGUGCAGGAGUGGAGGUUAAAUUGAACCCGGACGCUGGCUCCCCCGCUGGGCUGCAAGGGGGACACUUGACUAAAGAUAACAUCAAGCGAGAUAAGACGUCUGUGAUCCAUGAGAUCACCACAGCCAGGGAGGAGAUGUCAGACCUGCGUGCCCUCAUCCGUCUGAAGGAGAAAGAGUUGAGGUGUCUGGAAUGGAGUCUAGUGGCCCAAAAGACCCAAGAAGCAUCUGGAGCGUGUAUUCCAGAAAGCCUGCGAGAUGAGCUGGAGGACUGUAAGACGGAACAACAGAGGCUGUGUGACAAUGCUGCUAAACUAUGUAGCGAUGGUGACGUGACUGGCCUCAAGACCAGGCCCAUUUUAAAAGAGAUGCAGGCAGUCCUUCAGAGGGAGCAAGCCCUGAAGAAGAGACUGGCUUUAGUUUAUGACCCGACCCUCACAGACAGUGCCUCCAACAGGAGAGACAAUGAUGAGCAUGUUGCAAGGCUCACACAAGCUCACAGUAAGGCCCUGAGCUCUUACAGACACAUUCGCAGGAAGUACCGGGAGCAAAUGUGGAAGCUGGAGCAGAAGAUGGCAGCCAUGAUGGAGAGUCAGCACAUCCAGAGAGGAUCUGGAGAAGAUUCAGACUGGAAGAGGGAAGAGACCGUACUGUGAUGCCUCAGGAACAACUGCAUGGCUGUGUCUCCACGCAUGCACUUCACUUCCAUAUUUACACUUUACAUUUUGAGGUCUUAAGUGUCACACUGAGAAUGUUGAACUCAACAUGCCCCGAAUUGUGAGUGUGCAGCAAAGGACCAAUGACACAAAUAGUGCCACA